AUGGAAAGAUUUCCGGAACGUAGUCGUGAAAUUAUUGCCAGUGUUCCGCUUAUUACUAGCACAUCUCCGUCAAGUUCAACUUAUCAAUGCAAGGAAUGUAUAUUAUAUGGAAGUGUAUUAAAAGAGCAUGAGGAGAAACUUCUGCAACGAUUACGUGGUCUCUGUGAUCCCGGACAGCACUCAUUUAACGAACAUGAAAUGGUUUUUAGCCUCAAAACGGGCCAAGACCCUGAUGUAACAGUUCGCUUAAGGCGAAAAUUUGGCGGACCAGAUGCAAACAGCUUUCAGUGGCAUUUCCGAUAUAUGGGAGCGGCGGAACCAGAUGUUCACUGUCCUACUAUUAUACGGAAAUCUAUUGAUUCGCUAAUUUAUUCCAGCAAUAUGAUGGAAUUUGUAAAAACAUUAGGACUAAGGAUGGACUAUGAAUAUCUUACAAAAGGAUAUCUAUUUACAAAAGGACAUAUAAAGGUUAUCAUUAACAAUAUUACACGAACUGAAAAAAUAGGAACUUAUGAUCCUAAUGUUCUGAAGCCAUUAUCGGAUUCUUUGUUAAUCGAAAUGAGUGCUGCUCUACCAGAUACUAAGGAGUAUAUGACAACAGCCAAAGCACUUCGCUCAUUUGCGGAUCAACUUAGCCCGAUUUGCGAUAUGCAGAAGGUGGAAUAUUGGAGACGAUUGCAAUGA